CCCAACACCCACAUUGCUCUCUCUUUCGCCUGCCUUUCGGUUGCAUCGUAUAGCACACUCAGCAAUCAUGGCUCAGAUCAGCAAGAAGAGAAAGUUCGUUGCCGACGGUGUGUUCUUCGCCGAGCUCAACGAGUUCCUUACUCGUGAGUUGGCCGAGGAGGGUUACUCUGGCGUCGAAGUCCGUGUGACCCCCGCCCGCACGGAAAUCAUCAUCCGCGCCACCCGCACCCAGAACGUUCUCGGAGAGAAGGGUCGCCGCAUCCGCGAGCUCACCUCCGUCGUCCAGAAGAGGUUCAACUUCCCCGAAAACACCGUCGAGCUGUACGCUGAGAAGGUCAACAACCGCGGUCUCUGCUCCAUCGCUCAGGCCGAGUCUCUUCGUUACAAGCUUCUCGGUGGUCUGGCCGUCAGGAGGGCGUGCUACGGUGUCGUCCGUUUCAUCAUGGAGUCUGGCGCCAAGGGAUGCGAAGUUGUCGUCUCUGGCAAGCUCCGUGGUGCUCGUGCAAAGUCCAUGAAGUUCGUUGACGGAUUCAUGAUCCACUCUGGACAACCCACCCGCGACUACAUUGACGAGGCUGUCCGUCACGUCCUUCUCCGUCAAGGUGUGUUGGGUAUCCGCGUCAAGAUCAUGUUGGACUGGGACCCUACCGGAAAGACCGGCCCCAAGAAGCCCCUUCCCGACAUGGUCACCAUCCUCGAGCCCAAGGAAGAGGAGCCCAUCCCCGCCCCCAUUGCUGUCCCCACCGCCGCCCCCGUCGAAACCCCCGCCGCCGCUCCCUCGGAGCAGGCGCCCGUCGAAGCCUCUGCAUAAAUAUAAUCCCCUCCAACCUUCGCAUGCCACCACCCACCACUCCCACUUCAUAUCCGAUGCAGCAUUUGACGUGCAGGGUUUGCAGACUGCUGGUGUUUAUUUGUGUAUACACGCUUCAAUAAGAAAUGAAAACGCGAAAAAAAAACACCUUCGAGGGCAGCAAUACGAGC